AUGCCCAAAGCUUCAUCUAAGGAGAGGCCGCGCGCUUGUUCCAAUUCCUCACGGGCUAAGGCCAAGUGCGUCCAGGUCGAUAAUGAUGCUGACACCUGCCAGCGAUUCUGCGUCGACAAGGCAGCGCGGCAAAGCGACGUAAGCCUCUCUCCGGCUAUCAAUGACAUGAAAACUAAGUCCCAUGACUCUAGCUAUGCGCGAGUAUUGGAAAGAAAGCUGGAUGAUAUAGUGACUCUGCUGACGCGAGAGCGGGAGCAAGCGUCAAUGACUCGCUCGCCGCAAACACUUGAACCCCCAACAUUCAUCGAUGAGAGCCUGGCGGGAACACCAACGCAAUCUGGUCAAAAUCAAGGCCCAGUCCCAUUAUCAACCCAAUUAACAAGAACUGUCCCAUCGGAGGAUUCAAUUUCAAUCGUACCCGCCUUCGAUGUUUCGUUCUUGGAGGCGGACCAAGUUCUUCAAGAAUACAUGACUACCAUGCUCCCCGAAUUUCCAUUUGUUCCACUGCCCUUCAAAAGCUCCUCUGACAUGCUGAAAGAGCAACCGACUCCUCAAGACUAUUAUAUGGGUCUGCAGACCCCCGCAGCCUGA